AUGGCCGCCUCAGAUAAGCUUGUCCCGACUUAUGACAAUGCCCUCCACCUCUUGUCCUUGCUCCAGUCCAACAAGCACAUCAUCAAUCUCUUCACCGCCGACCCAGGCUCACAGGUAGACAUCAAUGCCUCCGCCAUCCCCGAGAUGACGGCCUGGCUGUCCAGAGCCGGCUACAGCCCCUCCGACCUGGCCCGCCUCCGCUGCAUCCACGUCGCCGGCACCAAGGGCAAAGGAUCCACGUGCGCCUUCACCUCAUCCAUCCUGCGCCAGUAUCCCGAGGUCGCAGGGCGCGUCGGCACCUACACCUCGCCACAUCUCGUCACCGUGAGGGAGCGCAUCUGCCUGGAUGGUGAGCCCCUCUCCCAGGAAAAGUUCACCGCGUACUUCUUCGAGGUGUGGAACCGGCUCUCCGACGCGGCAAGGAAGGCCGGGGACAAGCUGCCCGACGGCGACGAGCUGGGCGCAGACGGGCCAUCGACGAAGCCGUUCUACUUCCGUUUCUUGACGCUGCUGGCCUUCCAUGCCUUCCUGAAGGAGGGCGUCAAGUCCGCCGUCAUCGAGUGUGGAAUCGGGGGCGAGUACGACUCCACCAACGUGCUGCCUCCGGAGGCUGUCACCGCUGCGGCUGUGACGCAGCUGGGCAUCGACCAUGUUGCCAUGCUGGGUGAUACGGUGGAGAAGAUCGCAUGGCACAAGGCUGGCAUUUUCAAGAAAGGAGUGCCGGCGUACUCCCAACAGGCCGGGAGAUCCGACGGAGACGGCGUUUCAAAGGUGUUGAGCGAGCGGGCACAUGACAAAGGCACCACUCUGGACUCGAUUGACAGCCAGGUGCUGGAGAAAUGGGCCGGGGUGCAGAAUGCCCAGCUGGAGGGGGCUUUUCAAAAAUCCAACAUGGCUCUCGCCGCAGUCAUCUCGAGGCGGCAUCUGCAGGCCCUGGGCCAUAAAUUUGAGCUUCCCUUCUUUGAGAGCGGGGGCUCACCACUUCCCAGCAAGCUCGGCGACAUGCCCGAACAAUUCAUCACCGGCCUACAGGCCGCAAUACUUCGGGGUCGUUGCGAAACCAUCACGCAUGACCGCAUACAGUGGUAUCUCGACGGCGCGCACACCGAGGACAGCCUUGUCCAGGUGGGCCGGUGGUACGCUGGCAAAAUCUCGGGCGAGGACUCUAUCCGGGUCCUCAUCUUCAACCAGCAAGAUCGUGACUCUGCCGCGCUCCUGCAGACGCUCCUUGAGACCAUCUUGAAGGAGACCGAUAUCCCCAACCAAAAGAUCUUCCACCAUGCCUUCUGCCCGACCAACGAGGCCAACAGUUUCAUGAAGAAACCAGAAUUCACCGUGCAGAGGAAAAACUGCGACGUCAUCCGGCAGUUCUGUCCCUUCACCGCAGCGAUCCCCGCGGACAGCAUAUCAACGGCGCUGGACAUGGCGAGGAACGUGAUGCUCGGGUCGAAGAAGAGCAAGGACAACUUCAAGGUGCAAGUGCUGGUCACGGGGAGUUUCAACCUGGUGGGACCGGCGCUGAAGCUGUUGGAACCAGGUGGUGAACCUUAG